UUCGCUUCUGGUUUUCCAAACUCAAGGAUGGGAAAGAACAAGAAAAACAAAGAAGGAGGCGAAAAGAGCGAACACAGUGCUUCCACUGUGUUUGUGAACAACUUUCCUUAUUCCUUUACCAAUUCUCAGCUAGAAGAGACGUUCAGUGAUGUUGGACCAAUCAGGAGAUGCUUUAUGGUUACAAAGAAAGGGUCAAAUGAACACCGAGGAUUUGGUUAUGUUCAAUUUGCCGUUAUGGAGGAUGCUAACCGUGCCAUUGAGAUGAAGAAUGGUUCAUCUGUUGGAGGUCGUAAAAUUGGAGUUAAACAUGCCAUGCAUCGUGCUCCAUUGGAGCAACGCCGCUCAAAGGCAGCUCAAGUUAUUCAGUCAGAUGAUAUGGUGGAUACAAAGACAGAUAAGGAUAGUUCAACCUCUGAGGCAGAGAAGCAUUCUUCAAACUUGAUGGAUUCAGGCAAAAGCAUGAGACCUAGAAAAGCAGCAAAACUUUCUAUUGACCUAGCAGAUAAGGAGAACUGUUCAGAGAAGCAGAGGGUUGCUAGGACUGUUGUAUUAGGGGGUCUUCUUAACAGUGAUAUGGCAGAGGCUGUCCACCAUCUUGCCAGAAGUGUUGACACUGUUUGUUCUAUAACUUAUCCUCUUCCAAAGGAAGAACUUGAACAAAACGGUCUUGCACAAGAUGGAUGCAGAAUGGAUGCUUCAGCAGUACUUUAUAUGAGUGUUAAAUCAGCUUGUGCAUCUGUUUCCAAGUUACACCAAAAAAAGAUAGAGGGAGGAGUUGUUUGGGCACGUCAGCUUGGUGGAGAGGGCUCCAAGACUCAGAAGUGGAAAAUUAUUGUUAGAAAUAUCCCUUUUAAGGCUAAAGUGAAUGAGAUCAGAGAAAAGUUUUCAUCAGUAGGGUUUGUCUGGGAUGUUUUUAUUCCUCAAAAUCCUAAGACUGGGUUAUCUAAGGGUUUUGCAUUUGUGAAAUUCACAUGUAAACAGGAUGCCGAAAGUGCCAUUCAAAAGUUCAAUGGGCAAAUGUUUGGUAAAAGACCAAUAGCUGUUGACUGGGCUGUUCCAAAGAAAAUAUACAGUAGUGGUGCAGUUACUGUUGCAUCUGAAGAUGGGCAACAGAAUGGAGGAGUUGAGGAUAGUGACACUGGUAGUGAUGAUGAUUUGGAGGAUGAUGAUUUGAAUUCAUCACAGAAAGAAGACAGGCCUUCUGAAGUUGAUUUUGAUGAGGAAGCAGAUAUUCUAAAGAAAGUACUUCAGAAGAUCACUUCAUCAUCUGCAGUCUCUGUUCCUUCAGUUGGUGAUGAUUCUUCGCUACCUGAGGAAAAUGAGGAGCCGGACUCUGAUGAGCAUAUUCAUGUGUCAAGUAAGUUAUCAAAUGAGUUGAAAAAGGUAUCAGAGGUAUCUGAACCUGAAAACUCGGGCAAAAGCGAAUCAAAAACUGUUAAACAGACAGAUGGGGAAGAUGAUUUACAGAGAACAAUUUUCAUAAGCAACCUUCCUUUUGAUAUUGAAAAUGAAGAAGUGAAACAAAGGUUUUUGGCAUUUGGGGAAGUGCAAUCUUUUGUCCCAGUUCUUCAUCAAGUCACUAAGCGACCAAGGGGGACUGGUUUUCUCAAGUUUAAAACAAUAGAUGCUGCUACUGCUGCAGUUUCAGCAGCAAAUGCCGAUUCUGGCGUGGGAAUUUUUCUUAAAGGCAGACAGCUGACUGUACUGAAAGCUUUAGAUAAGAAAUCAGCUCAUGAUAAACAGUUGGAGAAGACCAAAAGUGAGGAUCAUGACCACCGGAAUCUUUACCUGGCAAAAGAAGGCUUAAUCCUUGAGGGGACUCCAGCUGCUGAAGGUGUCUCAGCUAGUGAUAUGUCAAAACGGCAAAAGUUGCACGAGAAAAAGAUGACUAAGCUUCAAUCUCCUAAUUUUCAUGCUUCAAGGACAAGACUGGUUAUAUACAAUUUGCCAAAGUCAAUGACUGAAAAAGUACUUAAAAAACUUUUUAUUGAGGCUGUUAUCUCACGAGCUACAAAGCAAAAACCUACAAUUCAACAGCUUAAGUUCUUGAAAAAUAUGAAGAAGGGAAUGGUCGAUACAAAGAAUUACUCACGAGGAGUUGCUUUUGUUGAGUUCACUGAGCAUCAACAUGCACUUGUGGCUUUGAGGGUUCUUAAUAAUAAUCCAGAAACUUUUGGUCCUGAACACCGUCCAAUUGUGGAGUUUGCUGUUGAUAAUGUUCAAACAUUGAAGCUACGGAAAGCUAAGAUACUAGGUCAACAACAGCAAAAUAAUGAGUCAUACUCUGUGGAUGGCAACCCAAAAAAGAUGGAGACAUCUAGAAAACGGAAAUCUAAUUUUGACAAUGGAGCAGUGAAGGAUUCAAACCACGGUGAAGAGGAUGAAGUGGCUAAUUGCAUUCCUCAUGAAUCUGCUACUGGAAAGCAUAGAGCUCACAAGAAUCGAAAACACAAUCCAGGUAGUGGUAAGGCAGAAGUUCCUUUGAGAGAGAACUUGGGAGGGAAGACAACAGGCUCAAAAAGGAAACAAAAUGAUCGACAUGAUGGCAGAAAGCUUGAUGCUGGAAAUUCAGACAAAGGUCAAAUGAUAGGAAAUGAUCCUUCCGAGAAAGCAAAUUUCCGCCAAGGUAAGAGGAAGCUGGAAGACCAAACUGAAAGACACAAAAGAGAUAAAUCAAUGAAACAAAAAAGACCAAAAAAGAGUAAAGAUCCGCCGGGGCGAGAUGUAGUAGAUAAACUUGACAUGCUGAUCGAACGAUACAGGUCAAAGUUUUCACAGCAGAGUUCUAAAAAAUCUGAUGGUGAUAAGCAAGGUUCAAAGCAACUUAGAAGAUGGUUCCAGUCAUAAUUUCAAAUAGGUUUUGUUGAUUCGAAUUUUGUUCUGAGUUUUGAAUUGAAAAUUUUUGAGAAGUUGAAUCCUAUAGCCUGUUGUAUGUUGAUUGUACUAAUCUCUUGUUAUCUAACAUAUAUGGGAUUUAAGGUCUUGCAAAGACAUUUUAUCA